AUGGAGAACAAAGCAUCAUUAAUCCUCCUAGUUGUGCCCUUGCUAUUCUUCAGUGUCACCAUUAAUCCGGUGCAUUCUGAAUACCACUAUGAGAGCUCGCACAAGCUACAUCUAAAGGAGAAAGUGACCCAUCUCCAUUUCUACCUCUUUGACAUUCUAAGUGGAAAUAAACCAAGUGCCAUAGAGGUUGCACGCCCCAACAUCACCAUUGGUGCAAAAUUAGCCACCCCAUUUGGGCAUGUAUAUGCUAUUGAUGAUGAACUAAAGGAAGGUCCUCAUGCAAACUCAACAGUUGUUGGGAAUGCACGAGGUCUAUAUUUAUCUGCAAGCCAAGAUGAUAAAUUGACCUUGGUGAUGUACGUAGAUUUUGGGUUUACUGCAGGAAAAUUCAAGGGAAGUUCAAUCAGUGUGUUUUCCAGGAACCCAGUGACUGAGGCAAAACGAGAGCUUGCUGUGGUUGGGGGAAGAGGUAGGUUUAGAAUGGCUAGAGGAUUCGCUCGAAUCAAGACUCAUUACUUUAAUGCUACAAAUGGUGAUGCCAUUCUUGAGUACCGUGUUACUGUUCUUCAUUACUAA